AUGCCUGACUCUUACGAUUACAUCAUUGUCGGUGGAGGUCUGACGGGCUGUGCUUUGGCUGGUCGGCUGGCUGAGAAAGACAAGUCAUUACAGAUCUUGAUCAUUGAAGCCGCACCCAACGUCGUCGAUCAUCCUCUCACCAGUACCCCAUUGGCAUGCUUUGGCGCUCAUCACUCGCCUUUGGAUUGGGACUACACCACGGUGCCACAGAAGCAUCUCAACAAUCGUGAAUGCUACAACGCAGCAGGGAAGGCUCUGGGUGGAGGCACAGCGAUAAACUACGGCACCUGGACCCGUGGUAACGCUGCCGACUACAAUCUCUGGGCAAAGCUGGUCGGGGACUCUAGCUGGAGCUACGAGGGUCUACUUCCUUACUUCAAGCGCGUCGAGACGCAUUACGAUCCUAAUGUCGACACGACAAUUCACGGCACCAGCGGCCCCAUCACCAACACGAUUGUCGCACUCACCAGCCCGGAACGGAAAUAUCCUUUGAAAGAACCAGUCCGCUCUGCAUGGGAACGUAUUGGCGUCAAAUUCAACCCAGAUGCGAACGCUGGAAGCCCGCUGGGUCUAGCUCACUUUGGAGAGAACUGGCGUGAAGGACAGCGUCAGCUUGCCAGUGAGGCAUAUGGAUUGUCUCGGCGUCAAGGAAUCUCCAUUGUCACUGAUACAUUGGUGGCAAAGGUAAUUUUCAAGGAGCAAGAUGCUCAACAGGUCGCGGCAGGAGUCCAAUUGGUCGAAGGAGAAGAAUACCAUGCCAGAAGAGAGGUGAUCAUUUCUGCUGGAACAUACCGUACCCCUCAGCUACUCAUGCUCUCUGGAAUUGGGCCCGCAGAAGAGCUGGCAAAACACAGCAUCCCACAACUUGUGAACUCUCCAGAAGUGGGUCGAAACUUCCAUGAUCACAUGUGUUUCCCCCAAUGGUGGAAACUGCGUCACCCCGAACAAGGUCUCUCUAUGGGGACGCCCCUUUGGAACAGUCCCGCAUAUGGCAUGGGGGUACCUUAUGACUGGAACGUGACGCUGCAGACGCCUGCAGAGGAACUGAUCAAAGCAUUUCAAGCAGACGACGGGCAAAUCCCGCCCAAUGAUCAUCCAUAUCUUGACACGGGCUUUGCGCACUCUGAGGUUCUGGUUAUCUACGCACCGAUGAGUCGCGCUGUGACUGGCUUUGAAACAGCCAUGGAUGGUACACACAUAAGCACGGCGGUUCUUUUGAUGGCUCCGACAGCACGAGGCCAGAUCACUCUGGCCGAUGCAGAUCCGGCCAGUUCACCUCUCAUUGAUCCCAACUACUGUUCCAAGGAAGUAGACCGAGCCAUUCUACGAGACGGGAUCCGGAGAGUGGCCAGGCUUGUACUGGACACGCCGGAGGGUCAAGACAUGGUGGAGCACGAAGUGACCAGACUCGGCAAUGAACCUAUGAGACUCGAUUCCACUGACGAGGAAAUCGACAAAAACAUCAGAAAUGGUGCAAUUACAUUCUUCCAUCCAGGUGGCUCGGCAUCCAUGGGCAAGGUAGUGGAUACUCAACUGCGGGUGAAGGGCGUGAAGGGACUGCGUGUUGCGGAUGCUAGUGUCCUGCCUGUACCUCUUGCGGCGCAUUAUCAGGCUGUCCUCUACGCAGUGGCGGAGAAGGCAGCGGAUCUACUCUUAUACUAGCAUGUAGGGUGAUUAAGAUCACUAGAUCCAGAUUUUAGCCAAAGAAUAUUUGGUUCGCAGUGAUUUAUUUUGGAACCGGAUUGUAGUUCACUGCAAUUUCCAAAAAUCCUGAGUAUUGGAAAAUAGACCUUCAAGGUAGUAGCUGCGACAUAGCGACCCUUUUACAUCACUUCACGUACAGAUUGUUGCAAUUUAGUCAGACUCACGGUGUACUUGGUUACAUUCCUCGCAGCUGACAAAAAACUUCCAUCUACGACCUUCAGGGGCCUAAAUUGUCCGGAACACAUGAUCAUUCACGAUCGGGGAGAUCCCGAGAUAUCGAGGGUCAGCCUCAAUGGUGAAGGGGCUAGACUCAACUGCACGACAGUGCUACUUAAUAUUCACCUGUUAGCAAAGUAAUGCUGUGCGGCAGCUUCCAUAUUUAGAAACGAUGAACAAGAAAACUUAUG